CCCUUGGAAGGGCCCCUUGCUGUUCGUUCUCCGCGAGAUAUGUGGGCCGCUCUCUUCGCCCACGCCCUCCCGUCGCCGCCGCCAUCACCGUCGCUGCCGCCCUGGUCGCCGUCGCCUCCGGCGCCGCCGCCGCUGCCGCAGAAAUUGAAGGAGGCCAUAACAAUGUGCGUGGCCGUCAACCGGACGCAGGUGGGCGCAACUGCCAGCCAGUUGUCCCAGUCAAGCAGCAUCGACACAUCGGACCUCCGAGAGAUACUGGCGGAUAACAUUGGUUCUGGAAGCGAGGCCUUUCCGCCGUUCGUCCUGAUCACCUCGACCGAUGGCUGCAAAGUAGACCUGAGUUUGUCAGCUGAUGACAGCCGCGUGAGCAGGCUGGGAGAAGUGUCCACAGACGACCUUGUCAAGACCGCUCCUGGCACAGAGCUUGUCGACCAAACCAAGCUCGUCGCCACCGAUGAUACCGUGCAAGUUGUGUCCGUCACGCUCGUGGAUUUUGUCGACCACGCGCCAGGGCAGUCCCUCCUCCAUCGCCUCUGCGACGUUUUGAUUGAUGGAUUCUGUCGAGGCUAUACCGGCAAUGACCUGGCGGAAUGCAGACAAUUCUUGGGUCCUGCUGUCUGCUACCCUUCCAAAGGCGAUGGGGGCUACCUCAAGAUAAACUUGUAUGAUCUUGGCCGGAACACGGGCGUCAGUCUCGUCGCGGUGCGAGUCGUGGACGACGACUGGCGAGUGUCGUCGCCCUGGCGCAGUGUCGACGUCGUCUGGAUGCUUCUCUGGCUGCUGCCAAUUUGGGCGACCGUCUUGUUCCUGCCCGCGCUUGCUAUGCGACGAGCAUGCUCUCGGCCAUCUACCGUCCUCCUAGAGCUGGAGCGCGCUCUAAACACAAUCGAAGUGGAGAAGAAGCAGAGACGAUUCCUGGAGGCGGAGGUGCGCGUCGCCGUGCGCCACACGAGAUGGAUCGCUCGCACGCUGGUGCUCCUGGCCAUCCUGCUGCUGCCCUGGCUGCCCGCCUGGGUGGUCAUUCCCGUCGCGCUCCCCCUCUCGAGGAGCAACCUGAACUUUGCAGCGUGGGUCAAGUCGAGGCCGUCCCGGUAUUUCUGGCUCGCUUUCGGGGCCGUUAGCGGCCUUGUCUACGGCGCCUGGCUCCUCGCCAGCUGGGGCCUGACUUACGGCGGGGUAAAUCAACACCUGAACCUAGUGGGCGAUAUAUCUGACUCUGUCAAGAAGAUGUGGUUUGUCAGUGAAUGCGAUCAGCUCAUCGGGUCGAAGGAGGGCGUCGAGUCGAUCGGUGGCUACGUCUACCCGACGAAGGGCAAGGUCUGCAGCACCUUCCUGCGUGCGGUACAGCCAGAAAACGCGCCGUACAUCGCUUGGGUGCUGUUCGCGCAGGGCUGCGUGAGCCUUCUCCUCAGUGCCGUCUCGCUGGCGCUGCUGCUAAGGGCUGCGGGGCGCAAGGCCAUCCCCGGUGGCUGCAAGGCUGUCAAGGCCAUCAAGGCCAUCCCCGGUGGCAGCCAGUUCGCAGCGGCCUUUCGAUGCGGCGCACCAAGCGUCGAUGGGCUGCUAACGUCCAACGCGGAGGGAGCCUCCGAUCGGUUCGCCGGCUCGGCCAAGGAGCUCGUCACGGGACAGCCGGAGGAAGCGGCAACGGGGCUGUACGGGAUCAUCGGCCACGAGGAGGCGUACCUGCGAGAAAAGAUGGCUACUGGCACCGCCGCCAUCAUCGAGGAGGCGGAGGCGCUCGACGACCCGGAGGUGCUCGAGAACCUGCGCUACAUCCUCGACGCCUCGGCCGGCUCGAGUGCCACCAGCUUUCACAACGGCUGGCGGCGCGACCGAGCCCCGGAUGGCUCUCGGCUUGGAGGGCGUCAGGGCAUGGUACUGGCCGACUUUGUGGCCCUGCCUGUGGCGCGCAGGGCGAAGCUUGAAGAGGCACACGUGGUCGCGUUGCGUCUGUACUCGACCGCCGCCUUCCGCGCGCUCAAUGGGCCGAUGCGCAACCUCAAGAUGAGCCACUGCCGCAAGGGCGAGGACGGCAGCCCCCUGCCACUCGAGCCUCCGCAGCUGGCGGCGCCGCACCCUCAGCCGGUGACGAUGGCCUUCAUCUACGAGGCGCUCAAGCGGAUGCGCGCCGUCGCCGCAGCGACGUCGGUCGACCUCGCUGGCCAGGAGCUGGAGGAGCAGGGUCUCAAGACCUUGGCGGUGGCCGGCGAGCUCAGCCUGAGCACGCUACGGCAGGCGCGGUCAGAGCUGGCGGGAUGCGAGGAGGGCCUUGCUCUCCCCAUCCAGGAGGAGGGCGGCGACGAGGAGAGCAGCGUCAUCGAGGAGGGGCGGGCUACUGUUCGGGAGAGCUUGGUCUCUGGCGUCGGGGCGGACGAGAAGAAGGGAGGUGAGAGGUGGGCGGAGGAGGUGGACGGCGACGGAGCACACGCAGCGGACGGCGGAUGGUUGCGAGCUGCCGUCCGGGCGCUCGGCUGCGCGCGGCCGGCGAAGCAGGAGGAGGGGCGCAUCCUCUGGCGGGGCAUGGGUGAUCUGCGCGCUCCGCCCCGCUUCCUGUCGAUGGGCGGCACCGAGUUUGCCUGCUGCAGCACGACCUCGAGGCUCGAGGUCGCGGCGCGCUACGCGUCCGCAGCCGGCAAGCAGCGCGCUUUGCUUUUCCGGCUCAAAAGCUCAACGUUCAUGAACAUGGGCGUGGACAUUUCGGAGUUCUCCGCCUUCCCGCACGAGAAGGAGUACCUGUACCCGCCCCUCACGUACAUGCAUCCCACCGGCGUAACCCACACGCUCGUGCGCGACGGGGUCACUUUUGAUGUGGUCGAGGUGGAGCCCUCCUUCCCGAGCUGAGUGUAGAGGGGCCAGCCGUCGUCACAGCCCGCUCAAGCCCACCACGCCCAAGCGCUCAACGGAGCCGCCCGGAGGGAGGAGCCCCAAACGCCGUCGGCGUGAGAUAUAACCGGACCCCCACAAGCACAUCAAAUCCUCUGGCUCCUCUGCGCCGAUACAUGUGUUCAACUCAAUAUCGCAAUCCCCAACCCGCUCUCUGUCUCACGCAUAUAAUUAAACUUAUACACACUCAACACUUUGUCGUUUCUGUGUAGUACAGGUGUGUAUUAUUUUUGCUUGGGGCGGC